GUCAUUUCUCGGAAUUUCAGAUUUUCAAAAUAACAAGGUACUGAUUGAACAUUUUCAAUACAGUAAAUAUGGAUCUUUCAACGGUAGAAACGAAACCAGUGUGUUCUACACUGAACAAGUACAAUAUUAAUAUCAAAGAAAACCAUGGACUUAAUGCCAAAACCGGAUUCUGGUGGCUUCGAUUUACUUUUGAGUACGAGCUCGACAAGGAAAUUGAAGUGCGUUUGACAAACUUCAAGCACAGCAGUAGCGAUGAUAUUUGGACGCUUGAAAUAGUAAAAUGUAGCUAUUUAAGCAUCACUUGCRAAGAAGAAAUGGCCUCGUUGGACAUGAAAGACAAGCUUGUGAAUUAUCGAGAGAUGUGUCGGCUGAACGAAUGUGCUGGAAGCGAUGAAAAGCUUCGUAAGUACCUCGAAAUCAACWUUUUGCCUCUGAUAAUCAAAAAGAUCAAGUACACAAGAUUCAGUCCACAGUUUUGCUUCUUCUUAAGCCACAAGUCUAAGGAUAAGCCGUUGAUGCGUACGUUUGAGAAUGGUCUAAAGUUUCUGGGUUAUCAGACGUGGCUAGACGAUGCAAAUAUGCCAAUGGCGGCUAAUCUAGAGGGCGCGCUCAAGGUCUCCAUCAAAAAAUGCGAUUGCCUGAUAGCGUGGCUCAAUAAAGAGUACUUCGAGAGCGACUACUGCAAAGCAGAACUUUUAUACGCGAAAAAGCUUCGCAAAAUUAUCCUUCCUUUCGGUGUUUACGGUGAAAUUAAGGAGUAUUUAACAGGAGAGCUGAAGUUCUUGGCACAGCUCCAUAUUUAUGAUACUUCGACGUCUUCGUUCUUUGAAGUGUUGCGGCGAAUCGAUGACUCUUUGUUUAACUUUGAGAGCCUGACUAUAUAAGAGUUCUUAUUAAUACCGUAGACUCGCUUCUUAGGCAGUAAUUAAUACUUUCAGGAUGAURAAGAUGGUCACUUUUCAAUAUUAGUAUAAUCUCUUCGCAUAACAAAGGUAUGGCAUUUAAGGAAAUUAAUAAUCACAUAAAUCAAAAAUGUUAGAAAAUAUUAAUAUGCCUCGAUCCUUGUUGAAGAGUGUAACUUUUCACAACUGAUUUAGCUAACCGUGUUGKCUAAAAGAAUUAUAUUAUCCCCACUGCGUUACAAAAUUAGAAACCUCUCCACCCCACCCUUCAUAUGAUUCAAUAGCGUGGAUAAAAUGGUUUUAACAAUAUUUUUGGCCAUUAUUCCUCAUUCGCUAUUAAUGUUAAAACCAAUUCAGGGGCGGAUCAAGAUGGCCUAAAAAGGGCGUUCGUCUUCUCAUUUAGGGGGUUCGUUUUUGCGGUUUUGGGAGUUCAGAGAAC